AUGUCGAGACAUAGGCCAAACAGUAACAGGGCUUUCCCUAGGCUGCCUGUAGGGUCAAACUUGAAUCCCAGUGGCAACAACAUGUCAAGCCAACUAAACCUCGAGGGCGAGCAGGCUGUGGAUCCAUCAUUUCUGCAUCAGGGACCAGGGUACCUAAUGAUGAACCCCUAUCCCUUCAAUUACCAGACUCUGUCAAUGACUGAACCUCAUCAACUGUUGUCUAGCAGCUGGGUAGACAGGCUCUCUGCCCAUGCACCACCUGGUGGCCCAUCUGUGGGCAGUUACCACACCCACCACUCUGCCCAUUCACCACCUGGUGGCCCAUCUUCAUGUGGUUACCACACCUAUCAAGACACUCACCCACCUGCCUCCUUACUCAGCUCUGCCCAAAGAUAUUCAAACUCACUCACCAAUGUUAUCCAUACUCAAGGCAAUCAGGAGAUCAGUCGGCCUCAGUGCCAACACUGUGUCACAAUGCCUCUGACUCCACCUCCUCCUGCAUCAGUGGGUGCAGUUGCCAAUGCAACUGCACCAUCUGAUGGCUAUAUGGCCGAUGCUGCACUUGUUCCUGUGACAGUAACCAAACAAGAGCGAGGGCAGAUUGUGGACCAAGCAAAAAAAGAAGUACAAAAAUACAUGUUCGCUGUGGACACUGUGCCAAUGAAGAAUGUGUGCACUGAAUGUGUGAAAGCAGCCAUCCAAAAAGCCACACACUGUCAUUGGAGGAGCAAUCCACUGGUCAUUCAAACACUCCUCACUGAUCUCACUUUCCUUAAACCCUGGCAUUAUCAACCAAUGCAACCAACAGAGGAUCCCUAUACUGCAACAAAUGAAGGCCUAUUUGAGCAUGAGUUAUUCACAGAUAUCAUCAUCAACAUCCUCUUCCUGAGCCCAGGACAGCUAUACAAGGCCAUCAACAAGGACUCAAUGGAUCCCCUUUGCACUUUGGCAGGAACUGCCAUCUAUGCUGCCCUCAAGGAUCAUUGGAAUGGUGUCAUUUCUAAGCUGCAGGAGAGUGCUGUUGAGAGUGCAAGAUUGUCUGAGAUGCAGAGGGCAAUCAUCAAGAGAGGUUACAUAUUGAUUGAUGUACAAUGA